CUGCUGCUGGUUCAGAGCGCGCCAGGAGCCAGGAGACUACAGGGGGAUCGGAGUCGUUGGCCACCAUUGAAGUCCGUAUCUUUCUCCCUCCUUUUCCUUCUCCGCUCCUUCAGGUCUUUCCUAAUUCGGUGAUAAAUUUCAACGUAGGAGAGAACCGUAAAAGUUCAGCAAGUCUUCAAUAAAAAUGGCCACCAAUAAAUCUACAUUGCAUAAAAUGGGAAAGAAACAGAAUGGCAAAGGUAAAAAAGUUGAAGAAGCAGAACCUGAAGAAUUUGUUGUGGAAAAAGUCCUGGACCGACGUGUAGUUAAUGGGAAGGUGGAGUACUUCUUAAAAUGGAAGGGAUUUACUGAUGCUGAUAACACAUGGGAGCCUGAAGAAAAUUUGGAUUGUCCAGAGUUAAUAGAAGCUUUUCUGAAUUCUCAGAAAGCUGGUAAAGAAAAAACAGAAGGUACCAAAAGAAAAUCCCUUUCAGAUAGUGAAUCUGAGGACAGCAAAUCAAAGAAAAAGAGGGAUUCUGUUGAUAAACCCAGGGGAUUUGCACGAGGUCUUGAUCCUGAACGGAUAAUUGGAGCCACAGAUAGCAGUGGAGAACUUAUGUUCCUUAUGAAAUGGAAAGACUCAGAUGAAGCUGACCUGGUAUUAGCUAAGGAAGCUAAUGUGAAAUGUCCUCAGAUUGUAAUUGCUUUUUAUGAAGAACGAUUAACUUGGCAUUCUUGCCCAGAGGAUGAAGCACAAUAAUUGUUUGGAUUUUCUCCUUUUCCUCCCCCUUUUUCUUAAUUAUAUGUAUGAUAUUUUACUUAAUACAUGUGGAAAACUUAUAAUUCCAAUUGAGAUAAGUUUGGUUAUUUUAAAAGUAAUAUGUUUUGCAUAAGGAAGAAAGCAAAAGUGCUAUUCACUUUCUUUAUUACAAGAAAACAUUUGAUACUGCUUUCUGCAUAUUAAAUCAAAUGUUUUAUAAAAUUUGGUAGUUAGUAGUGAUCCUUAAUGGCAACUUAUUCAGAUUUACAAGUGUUUUGUAGUUCUCUAUACAACAAAUGUGCAUGCAUUUUUUUCCACCAUAUAGUCUGUAAAACCAUUAUAUUUAGUAUUUGUGGCAAAUUGGUUCAGAGGGGACCAAGUGAAAAUUUCGGUUUAAUUUGAAAGUGCAUAUUGUAUUUUAUUUUAUUGUAUAUACUGCUGAACAGUUACCAAUAAAAUAGUUUCAUAUUCUUGUGCUUUCUUUACCAAAUUGUAGGAAGGUUAAGAGGUUUUGAAAGCUAUUUUGAUAUGGAAAAUAUCCACUAAAGGAUAGAGGCAGUUUUGCUUUUUUGCAAAAAAACCAAAAAAAUCCUGUUUUAAAUAGGUAGUUAAAAUGAAAUUUAUAGUUUUCUCCCGUAGAUGUUUAUAAGCUGCUUCCUUAUAAUUAUAUAAUUCCUUAUAUAAUUUUUAAGACUAGUAUGCAGACUUGGUUAUAAGUACUCAGAAUAUAUGGUUGAGUAAUCAGAUUCUGACUUAAUCCCUUAAACUGUAUAUCUGAUACUUUACAAGUUAAUAAUUUAUUGAUGUCUUAGGCUUGACUUCUUUAGGAACUAUUAUUCUUAAUCCCAAUAUACUUCCAAAUAAAAUUAUUUUAAUUGAUUGCCUGAUAGAUUUAUGUAGAUAGCAAAAUUGAGGCAUGGAACUGCAGAAAAGAGGAAUCUGUUGGAAUAUACAGCAUAUAUAUAUAUAUAUCACAUGGUCAAUUGUUAAAUUACAAUUUGAUCAUCCAAAUAGGGUUACUAUAUAUGUGAUUAAUUUUUAAGUACAAGUGCAUGCAACUAGCAUUAUUCAUUUGGCUUUGAUUAUGUUUGGGUGAGCAAUAAGGAAUCUUGUCGUGUAAAACGUAAUUGUCAGAUUAUUUGGUUUUUAAUAUAGUUCAGUAAUUCCAUGUACCAUACUGGAUUAAUAGAAUGGAUUAUUGAAGUUCACCAUAACAAGUUUUUAUUUAAAAAAUCAACAUAAUAAUUACAAUUCAUCUCAUUUCUGAGAAUUACUGUAAAAAUAAAUGAUGCCACAUUGAAAAAAACACCAGAACUCUAAACGUAAAAUCAGUUCACUGCCUUUUAAUAAACCAAUUUCCUGGUACCUGUUGAGGUUCCCUUCAAAUAUUUUUGUGUUUUUCUGAUUUCUUCCAUUUUGUUUAGUAUUUGUGUUUCUGCUUAUGUUUUUGUCAAAAGUUUUAUUAAAGGGUUUAUUUAUAUAGUAA